AUGUUGCAUUUGCUCGGAGUCAACCUGCCCGACCAGAAGUUGGUGCAAUACGCCCUCCCUCUGUUCUAUGGUAUCGGCCAAAAGACCGCCCUGAAGGUCCUCGCAACACUUUCGAUCCACAAGACCUGCAAGAUUGCCGAUCUCUCCGAACCCCAGGUCAACCAGCUCUCAACCCUCCUCUCCGACAUGAAGAUCGAGUCUGACCUCCGCAAGCAGAUCCGUGCCAACAUUAUGCACCAUCGUUCCAUCGGUUCCUAUGUCGGCCGCCGCCACGCUAUGGGCUUGCCUGUCCGUGGUCAGAACACAAAGAAUAACGCCAAGACUGCCCGUCGUUUGAACGGAAGGUGGCUCAAGGCUGAGAAGAGGGAGUACUCUUCCUCAACGAGAUCGAUCAUCCCCACGGCCGAGUCUCCUUUCGAGAGCUUUUUCAACCGCAAGUGGUUCUAA